AUGGUUCUUCCUCCCCCAGCUCCCUCAGUAGAUGCAGAUGAUGAGUUUGUGUUUGUUGAUCCUCUCCCUCCACCUCUGGAGUUUGCCAAUAGUUUUGAUCGUGGUUUGGGUUACUCUGCGAUGAUGUCCCACAAUGUGACUGCUCGCCAGCAGCAUCAUCCUCCACCUCCCCCGCCACCUCCUCCCCCUCCAAAAGACUCCUUUAUGUCUGGGUUCCCACCUCACACACCCCUGCCCUCACCCCAGGCAGGAGAUUCCACAACUUCCAGCCUUACUUCCUAUGACAGUGAGGUCGCCAACCUCACCCAGUCAGCCCCGUCUCCCUCUCCAUCUUCCCCCAACCCACUACCGCCUCCCUCCCCCUCCACCUUGCAGCCCUCUGGGCCACCUCCACCUCCUUCUGUAUCACCUCCGCCACCACCCACCUCCUACCACAGACCAUUUGGCCUAUCUCAGUCACAACACUUAUACAACAGUACAAAUUCAGCCGGACGCUCCUCUUCUCCCACACCACCUCCUCUCUCUAUUCCAGCUCCACCUGCCUACCGGGGCCCUCCAACAGCAACAUCCACCCCAGCAACUUCUGUAUCUCUCAGAGGCGCCUCAACUGUAACCGCAAGCUGUUCCACAACUGCUUCUACAACUGUCGUCUCUUCUGCUACUACCGCUGCUGCCGCUGUCACACCACACACACGCAUUGCAACUGUCUCCACAGUAGCUACAGGGGGUAGCAGACGGCCCAGCGCAGAGCAUCAUCCGACACCCAGUGCAGCUGCAGCUAAGAGUGGCGAGUCUCAGGAGACACUCUUUCUCUUUACUGUCAAACUCUUUUUUUCUUUUUCUCUCUUUUUGUCCUAUCUCUUAUUCGUUUGCCUUAAUUUGUGUUUCAUUUUCUCUCAUUUCAGGUUCUCAGAGGACUCCACAGGUGCACUGAGUCCUCCCUCUGUCCGCUCUAGCUCCCCAUCUCCUGUUCAGCUCUCUCAGCCUGCCUUGUCUCCCUCCCCCACCCCUUCUUCCCAGCCGCUCUACCCAAACUGGGCUCGAUCUCCUUCCCCUCAGCCCCCUGCUGCCUCAUCCCAGCCUCCUCCCCGAUCACACUCACCUGUUUCUCCCUCUUCAUAUUCGCCGUACCCCACCUCACCCAAACACCGGCCCAUUUACCGCACCAAAGCCCUGGAGUUCCAGUUUAUACCCAGCCGAGAGUCACGUAAGGCAGAGUCGCAUUACGCUCAGCGCAGACGAGCACCCAGCCCGUUAAUUUCACCCUCUGACCGCCCCAAGCUUGGCCCUCCCCGCCCCUCUUCCCUUCCCAUUCUCCCAACUACGCCUCUCUAUAGCAGCUUGUAUGACCUCCGUGGUUCUAUUACUCCACCCUCACCUGCCAAUCCUCUUGGGGACCCCUACUUCUCUCCCUCUCCCCCUCUCUUUGCCCCCUCGGGGGCUCCACCUCCUCCAAAUUCCUCUCUGGUGGUCUCUCGCUCCUUGUCACCCACCCACUUCCUGUCAGGGACUUCAUCCCCACCACUCCACCCCAUUCCUCCACCCACUUGCCUGAGUUACCCUCACCUUCCACCCCCUUCACCCACCAAACCCUUCGCCUCCAAACCACUCCCAUACUGGACCAAGUAUGACGUUGCGGAUUGGCUGGGCUACCUGAACCUGGGUGAGCACAGGGAGCGAUUCCUAGACAACGAGAUUGAUGGCACGCACCUGCCCUCUCUUACCAAGGACGACUACCUGGACCUGGGUGUGACCAGGGUUGGCCAUCGCAUGAACAUAGAGAGGGCGCUCAGGAGAGUGAUGGACAGGCUGUCUUCUAGCACUUUCCCCAUUUCUGCCCUCUCCUCUUGAGAUGUACGGACAGACAGAAGGAGAGAUGAGGCCAACCGGAGUUGAGAGGACAGGAAAGAUGAGGUGACAACUGCUGCCAUCAGAGAUUAUUCCCUGAAUUAAGAAAAAUGCAGGAAGAGGUGACUUCGACAUCAAACUGCCAACUCGCAGAUGGAGAGAUACAGGAGAAACGGAGAGCAUUGAAGGCCUGUCGAGCUGUGAACAUGCCUGCGCUUACGUGUGUUUCAGUCAACAAAAACAUAAACGCCUACAUACACAUCCGUACAUAUCAACAUUUAAACAGAACACACUUAGUUUGAGCUUGCAGGCACUCACAAGGUGAUCAAAAUGGAAAUAGAUUAAUCAAACCGGGGAAACUAACUCUAUGAGGAUACCGAAGUUCAACAUGAGAAGGUAACAUACUACAUAACUGAGCCAAAUAAUUUGAGGGAAACAAUCAAAAUGCUCUUUAGCUUUCCUGUUUUUCUGUAGUUCUAUAGGAAGAGAUAGGGAGAGAGAUAUUGAAACCUCCUUUGCUAUCUUUCUCUUUUUCUCAGAUUUUCAGCUGAGUCUGUAUUACUGGCAAAUAUUUACUAAUGGUCUCAUUUAUAGAGUAGGUUCAAUGGAGACCAAUGCAGGGAGGGCAAGUACUGACAAACCUCCUGUCUGGCAUGACUAGGGAAGCCCUUAAAAUAGAGGUAAAUUUAACGGCAGGCACUUAUUUGGUAAGACUGUGUUUAUGCUUGGGUUCCUGUUGUUUGUGUGAGUGCGUGUACUUGAUAAUGUGAAAGGUUAUCACUAGAGGCAUGACCGUGAUUUGUUAUGUGUUUUUACCUCACCAAUGGAGGGAUUCUAUUUUGCCGAAGCCAGAUUGGGGCUUAUGCGUAUCUUGUAUUUCACUAGAACUUCUUUACCUUCUCAUGUCUUAUAAUGAAAUUUUAUAUAUAUAUAUAUAUAUAUAUAUAUAUAUACAGACUGGUCACUGUAUUACAAACCCGUAGCAAAAAUAAGUGCCCAGACCAACAUAACAGACACACAAGCGCUCUACCACUUACACACAUGCACUCAGUACUUCCUCAGCCUACUGAUAGCAACAUACACAAACGUACGACAACACCUGUCGAUGACGAUACACUCAUCUCUUUUAUUUAUAUAACACAUAAUGGGACACAAUAAAAUAUGUAUGGAUACAAGAUGAAGAUAGUUAUAACGCAAAAAAUCUUUCAAAGAAGGAAGAUGAUACAACAUUGUAAAAAGAAAAGUAUAUAUAUACUGAAAAUUCAUCAACAUUUUUACCACAGACUCUCAAAAUAUAGAGGUGACUACGACUUCAACGAACCUAUCAACGAUAGGCUCCAUUUUAAAAGAGGAGACAACAU